AAUUUUUGAUAUUUGUUUACAGCUAAACGUAGUAUAUGUUUCUUGAAGUAGCAUCUAUUAAAUGACGAAAUUGUUUUACAAUGUUUUGUAUUAUUGCUCGACACUCAUACAGGUUAAUUUAUUCAUAACUAGAUUACCGUGCAUAUUUUAUGGAAGUUUUAACUUGACACCAAAUAAAUAUUAUUAUGGCCUUAUUAAUUCGACACUAGAUGCAAGCAGUAGUAAUGAUUGUGGCACUUAUUGCGUCAGAAAUCCAUCUUGUAUAUUUGCUAAUUACAAUAAUAAGCAGAAAAUUUGCCAGCUUAUAUCAACAAACGUUAGCUUGUUAAACAUCAGAGAUGAUUUGCAAUGGGAAGUUUUAGCAACUGAUUCUUCGAGUAAUAAAAAUAAAGGACCACUUUGUGAAACAAACACUCCGUGUGGCAAACAAUAUUGCAGAGAUGUUUGCCACAUAAUAAAUCUAGAUUUACAGCACACGUAUAAUUGUAUUGAUACAAUUGACGUGUCAAGAAUUGCUACACCUUCAUUAUCGUCUUUAUACUUAAACUAUGAUAUAUGGACUGCUGAUAAAGUAAUUGAUGGUAAUCCAUCAACUUUUGCGGCGACUGCUACCGAUGUUUCUCCGCAAUGGAUAAAAUUGGAUUUAAAGUUUGUGUAUCAAAUAACGCAAAUUAAUGUUUUAAACAGAGAAGAUAGUUGCUGUACAGAAAGACUACAAGGGGCAAAACUUAUUGUGAGCAUCACCGAUAAACCAGAUAAUAACUAUGAAAUUUCAACGUUAACAGGUGAUUUAAAGCAAACUUUUGAAGGUUUAUUUGUUGGCAGAUUUGUUGUUGUAACAAGAAAUAUCGACCAAUUAUUACACAUUACCGAGCUUAACGUUUUUGUGUGACAAUUUAGCAACAUUUUAAUAUGUUUUUAAAAUAUAUAUGUUUGACUA